AUGACAAUAUAUCAACUUUUGGUACUGUUUCCACUCUGGGUCUGCCUGCCACAUUUCUGUUCUCCAGAGAUAAUGUUCAGAAGGACUCCCACACCCCAGAAAAGAAUUUUAGGUGCACGUGUACCUAGGAGUGAUGGCAAAAUUCUGCAUCGUCAAAAACGUGGCUGGAUGUGGAAUCAGUUUUUCUUACUGGAAGAAUAUACAGGAUCUGAUUAUCAAUAUGUGGGCAAGCUUCAUUCAGACCAAGAUAAAGGAGAUGGAUCACUUAAAUAUAUUUUAUCUGGAGAUGGAGCAGGUACUCUUUUUAUUAUUGAUGAAAAAACAGGUGACAUUCAUGCCACAAGAAGAAUUGAUAGGGAAGAAAAGGCCUUUUAUACUCUGCGUGCACAAGCUAUUAACAGAAGAACUUUGAGACCAGUAGAACCAGAGUCUGAGUUUGUGAUCAAAAUCCAUGAUAUCAAUGACAAUGAGCCAACGUUCCCAGAAGAAAUUUAUACAGCUAGUGUUCCAGAAAUGUCUGUUGUAGGUACUUCUGUGGUGCAAGUCACAGCUACAGAUGCCGAUGACCCUUCCUAUGGGAACAGCGCCAGAGUUAUUUACAGCAUACUUCAAGGGCAGCCAUAUUUCUCUGUGGAGCCUGAAACAGGUAUCAUCAGGACUGCUUUACCAAACAUGAACAGAGAAAACAGGGAGCAAUAUCAAGUGGUAAUCCAGGCCAAAGAUAUGGGCGGCCAGAUGGGAGGCUUAUCGGGGACUACCACGGUGAACAUCACACUGACAGAUGUAAAUGACAAUCCACCUCGCUUCCCCCAGAACACCAUCCACCUUCGAGUUCUCGAGUCUUCCCCAAUUGGCACAGCCAUUGGGAGCGUAAAAGCAACUGAUGCUGACACAGGGAAAAAUGCAGAAGUAGAAUACCGAAUUAUUGAUGGUGAUGGGACUGAUAUGUUUGACAUCAUAACUGAGAAGGACACACAGGAAGGCAUCAUAACUGUGAAAAAGCCACUUGACUAUGAGAGUCGAAGACUUUACACUCUGAAGGUUGAAGCAGAAAAUACCCAUGUGGAUCCACGUUUUUAUUACCUGGGACCAUUUAAAGAUACAACAAUUGUAAAAAUCUCUGUAGAAGAUGUGGAUGAACCUCCUAUUUUUAGCAGAGCCUCUUACCUGUUUGAAGUUCAUGAAGAUAUUGAAGUGGGGACGAUCAUUGGUACUGUGAUGGCAAGAGACCCAGAUUCUACUUCUAGCCCCAUCAGAUUUUCCUUGGAUCGCCAUACUGACCUUGACAGGAUUUUUAACAUACAUUCUGGAAAUGGAUCCCUUUAUACAUCAAAGCCACUUGACCGUGAACUAUCUCAAUGGCACAAUCUUACUGUUAUAGCUGCUGAAAUCAACAAUCCCAAAGAGAUGACUCGCGUGGCUGUUUUUGUGAGGAUUUUGGAUGUUAACGACAAUGCCCCACAAUUUGCUGUGUUCUAUGAUACUUUUGUAUGUGAAAACGCGAGACCAGGGCAGCUAAUACAGACUAUAAGCGCAGUAGACAAAGAUGACCCCUUAGGUGGACAGAAAUUUUUCUUCAGUUUAGCUGCUGUCAAUCCAAACUUCACAGUACAGGAUAAUGAAGAUAAUACUGCCCGGAUUUUAACCAGAAAAAAUGGAUUCAAUAGACACGAAAUAAAUACCUAUCUCUUGCCUGUGGUGAUAUCAGACAAUGACUACCCGAUUCAGAGCAGCACGGGUACUUUGAGCAUCCGAGUGUGCACCUGUGACAGCCAAGGUAACAUGCAGUCCUGCAGUGCCGAAGCCUUGCUCCUCCCCGCGGGCCUCAGCACGGGAGCGCUCAUCGCCAUCCUCCUCUGCAUCAUUAUCCUACUGGUUAUAGUAGUACUGUUUGCAGCUCUGAAAAGGCAGCGAAAGAAAGAGCCUCUGAUCUUGUCUAAAGAAGACAUCAGAGACAACAUCGUGAGCUAUAACGAUGAAGGUGGUGGCGAGGAAGACACUCAGGCGUUUGACAUUGGCACCCUGAGGAACCCCGCAGCGAUAGAGGAGAAGAAGCUCCGGCGAGAUAUUAUUCCGGAAACUUUAUUUAUACCUCGGAGGACUCCCACGGCUCCAGAUAACACGGAUGUCCGGGAUUUCAUUAAUGAAAGGCUCAAAGAGCAUGAUCUCGACCCCACCGCGCCUCCCUACGACUCACUUGCAACUUACGCCUACGAAGGAAAUGAUUCCAUUGCAGAAUCUCUGAGCUCCUUAGAAUCAGGUACUACUGAUGGAGACCAAAACUACGAUUACCUCCGAGAAUGGGGCCCUCGGUUUAAUAAGUUGGCGGAAAUGUACGGUGGCGGGGAAAGUGACAAAGACUCUUAA